UAAAAACAAUAUCAUAACCGGAGACCAAGAAGCAAAAGAGACAAAUUAACACAAAAGAAACUUAGAAAAAGACAUAUCCUUCCUCCUCUCUUGUCCCUAUGGAAUCGCAAGUCUCAAACGCAGACGUUGAAUCAUUACAGUUGAAUUUGAUCAGCUUAGACAACAGCAAAACCAACGGAUCAGGACCCCUAAGCUCAACCGAUCCAGACCAGCCUCUGGAGAUCGUGGAGAAGAUCUUAAACUACAAGUUCAAAGACAAGAGUUUGUUGGUAGAAGCUUUCACCGACACUAGUUGCGACGAAGAUUUUUCGAAUGAACGCCUAGAAUUUAUAGGAGAUACGAUCCUAAACACGAUUGUAACGAUAUAUAUUUUUAAUUUAUACCCUAGAGAGUCGCCUGGUUCGUUGACCAAUCUCCGAGCCGUCAACGUUGACACCGAGAAAUUGGCUCGAGUCGCUGUAAAACACAAUCUCCAUCGCUGCCUCCGUCAUAAGAAAGCUUUGCUUGAUAACCAAAUACUGGAAUUUGUGGAAGCGAUAGAGAAACAUCCAACAUUACACUCGCGUGGUCUUGUGAAAGUUCCUAAAUCUCUAGCAAACAUCGUAGAAUCUACAAUUGGAGCUCUUUUCAUGGACUGCAAAUCUAUCGAAAUCGUAUGGAAGGUGAUAAAACCAUUGCUCGAACCAAUAAUACAUUUGGACAAAUUGGAGAUCCACCCAGUGACAGAACUCUAUGAGAUGUGUCAGAAGAGGAACUUGAAGUUGGAGGCCAAAGACACAUGGAAAGAAAAUAAAGAAUAUUGUUUCUAUAUUCAGGAUAUAUUGCUUGGACGUGGAGAACAUCGUAUCAAAAAAGAAACUGCUCGUAAUUGCGCUGCCAAAGAUGCUAUCGCCAAUUUUUCUACCUUUUUUGGAGACCAUUAAGUUCUAUAUAUAAAUAUUGUAUCAAAAAUUGAUUUAUACAUCUUUGUAUUUGAAUCUUGAAUAAAUGAAACUGUAGUUUGUAACUAUGUCGAAAUAGUAUAUAUAAGCAAAUUAAGCACA